CACUAAAGUUGCAUGCAUGCGGUCAACCACAUUCAGUACUUGUUCAAGAAAGCAGGAAACAUGAUCUCAGAAGAAACUAAAGCAGAUCAGUGAGGAAACUACGAAACGGGAUAUAAUCGCUGCUCGACUGGGAGCGCAUUUUUCUCUCUGGGAGUGAGGAGCGCUGGCAGAGGGAGGGGAGCGCUGUACCGCAAACGUCACGUCACAGGCUGCUAUACCCUGGAAGAAAGUUUGCAUUAUCAGCCUUUCGAGCUACUGCUAGGAGAGGGACCAAAACGUCUAACCUCAAUGCUUACAUUUGUCUACUUAUUUUUUUCGUUGUAUUAAAAUGAAGUGCCUUCCCACCGGAUUCGUCCUAAAAAGUGCCUUAUUCCCCUUAUUGCUCACCUUUCCAUUGAUCUAUGGAACGCCGUCCGGGUAUAACAUGUUCCAGGGAAGCGCAUACUCUGGCUCAGAACAACGACAGAGGAAUAAAAACUGGUGUGCAUACGUUGUGUACAAGAACGUGAGUUAUGCGGUCGUGGGUGGCACGGAGAGCUUUGUGCAGCCGGAGUCUGCGCGGUGCCGGAUGCAUCAGCCCAACUGCGCGCAACAAGUGAUGUAUCGGACCCAAUUCCGCCCCAUGUAUAAGGUUGGCUAUAAGCUGGUGACAGAGCUGGAGUGGAGGUGCUGUCCAGGGUACCAGGGUCAUGACUGCAAAGACCUGAAAGGUAUCCCGUCCCGUCAGACAGUCCUGGGGCCUCGGCCCAACCUGCUGCCUGCCCCUGGACACAUCCCAGAGACACAGGGUCCGGGGCAGCAGGCGUGGGGUCAGAGUGGCCACCCCUGGGGGGCAGAGGGGCAGCCAGGAGGUCAGGCAGGCCAGGGGGGGGCGAGGGGCCAGGUGGCGAGCCAGGGAGAGAGUCAAACGACACAGCAGCUGGAGGAGGAGGUGCAGCGUCUGUCCCAGCAGGUCCUGGACAUGCAGGCAGCCAUGACCACCCUGUCUGCCAACCUGAGGGUGGACCUGCAGGAGGACGCCAGCAAGAUGCUGGUCACGCUGCUCAACAACCUGCGGCAGCCGGAAAGCGUGCGUGGCGAGCAGCAGAGCAUGCUUCUGCAGGGCCUCUCCCUGGAAAAGGAGUACAACACGGUGGACAUGGACGAGUUCACAAACAAGAUCAACAACCUCACCGACACCCUCAACACCAAGAGCAACGCCCUGGAUGACCUCCAGGCCAGGGUCAACCACCAUGACGGACAGCUACGCCUGCUAAUGGAGGCCACCCAGGCCCCUCCGGCCACCCAGGCCCCUCCAGCUCCGCCGGCCAAUGACGCGGCCCUGUGCGCCUACGUGGAUGCAAAGUUCCACGCCCUGAGGGACGAGAUGAUGGAGGGCAUGGAGAUCAAGAUGUCGGACCUGAAGAACUCGUGUGACUAUAAGAUGCUGUCAGUGCAGGAGCAGUCUGAGUUCCAGGAGAACAGCUACCUCAGCCUGACCGAGCUCCUCGAGUCCAAGGAGAUGGACCUCCGCAAGGAGAUCCAGGACCUCAAGAACCAGCUGCCUGGUCUGCUUAGGAGAGACGGAACCCCACCAGGGGUGCAGGAGCUGCGGAAGGAGCUGUUCCGGGUCUCUGAAGCCCAGCUGAGCCUCCAGUCCAGCCUAGAGAAGAAGCCUGAGCCUGAUCCACUCCUGCCCCGUGUGGAAGAGCUGGAGGCCCAUCUAAACAUGACGGAGAGGAGCGUGGUGGUGCACAGCCUCUUCCUAGAGGAGAAGCUGAGGAGAGAGGGGGCAGAGGGGGCUGCAAACCUGAAGAAGGCCAUUGAGGACAGGAUGAGCUCCAUGGAGUACCGGGUUACCAGUCUACUGGUGGAGAUAAGCAGCCCCCUAUCUGGGGCUCAGGCUGGGCUGGUGGCACUGCAGAGUGAGGUGACCUCUCACAAGACCAGCGUUCAGGCUCUGGAGGACAGAUUCAAUGCCCUUGACCAGCUGUGCUCUACAGAGUGCAAGUCUGACCAACUGGCCAUAGAGCGCAUUCAAGAUAACCUCCAGGUCUACAGAACCAGCCUAGACACCAUGCAGUCUAGCAUGAAAGGCCACUCAGCUAGUCUUGGAGACAUGGAGGAGUUUGUCCAAGGGCAGCUCCUGAACCAUACCGCCAGUCUUACAGAUAUGCAGGAAGAGCUAUGGGCUCUGAAAGGACAUAUGGGGGGACAUGAGGGCUUUCUGUCGGCCCUGAGGCUCUCUCUCAGCCAGCAGUCCCUGGAGCUCAAAGGGCAGCUUCUGAACCACAGUGCCAGUCUUGCAGGUGUGGAGGAAGCGCUAGGAGCUCUCAGUGGGCGUAUGGAAGUGCAGGAGGGCUCUCUGUCAGACUUGGGUGUCUCUCACAGUGCUAAUCUUAAAGAUGUGCAGGGGGAGCUGGGAGCUCUCAGCGAGCGUGUUGGAGGACAGGAGGGCUCUCUAUCGGCCAUGGGUGUCUCUCUCAGCCGGCAGUCCCUGGAGCUCCAGCAACUGAACACCUGUUGCCAGAGCAGCGUGGGGCCGGCCCAGGAUGCCAGGGACCUGUUGGAGCUCCACCUGGCCCAGAGAGAGGAGCUGAGGGCUCGGCUGGAGGAACUGGGACGGGAGGUGAGGGCCGAGGCAGACCACUGCAGGAACAGGACCGAGGGUGUAGCCCUGGACGUUACCACCGUAGAUGGCCGGGUUGCCAGCUUGGAGAACAUAUGCGGCAGGCUGGAAGCCGUCUCCAGCAGCCUGCACAGGAUCAAGGAGGGGCUGAACAAGCACAUGACCGGCCUGUGGAACAGCGUCAGCGAGAUCAACGGCACCCUGCAAGCCCACGCCAAGGACAUUGGAGGACUGAAGGGAACAUACCAGAACCUCCAGGUCCACUUCUCAGGCAUCACCCAGGGCCUGCAUCAUCUAACUACCAGUCCUGAGAACACUGGUGUUCAUGGUGGUGUGGUGUCUGGUAAUCCCACUGAGACUAAGCCUGUCCCUCAGAGCCCUGUCCUGCCCGUUGGGCCAAUACCAGAUGGGGCCCUACCACCACAUAUGAUGGAGACCUGGGAGGCAGGAGCCCCCGGAAUCAUGAUCUCUUCCAAACCGCCCAAGGGGGCCGACGGCAGCAUGACCUCCCUCAAGGGCUUCGCUGGAGCACCAGCUUCCCCACCCUCUACAGGGUCUUUAAAGCCUAAUAUACCAGUGAUUUCUGGUGAGCGGGUGUCCUUCUCGGCUGGUCUCAACCUCCUGCCCUUCCCUGGGGAGGUGGGCAUCAUCCGCUUCAACAAGGUGUUGGUGAACGAUGGGGGACACUACGACCCUCACACAGGCAUCUUCAAUGUUCCCAUGGAGGGCCGUUACCUGCUGAGUGCUGUGCUGACAGCCCAGAGAGGUGCCAGGGUGGAGGCAGUGCUCUCUGUGUCCAACCACAGCAUCCAGAGGCUGGAUACGGCCGGUUACCUUCCUGCUAUUGGUGGUGGAGGCUGUGACUGCGGAGGCUCUGCCUCCCUGAGCCUGGUUCUCACUCUGAAGCGUGGGGACAAGGCAGGUUUAGUCAUGACCGCAGGCAAACUUGCCAUCUCAGAGAACACAGAGGUCCUCUCGACGUUUAGCGCCGUGCUUCUCUACCCCACCCUCUCAAAAAGAUAGCCCCAUGUCAUAGACAAAGUUAUCCCCUAAAAAAGAGAACCCCACCAAAGAAAAUGCCUUAUAAAACUCCAACCUUAAAACAACACCAGUUCUACUUUAGAUGUAGUAUGCCCAACAUAGCAUACUUUAGAUGUGGGUAUGCCUUACAGGUAUUUUAGUAAAACAAGUAGAUUAACUCAUGAUAGUACUUUAAAGCAAUCUUAUGACAGAGCUUUCAUACAAAAAUAAAAAUGUUUAUCAAAUAUUUGAUCAUAAGAUCCUUAUGGAGGGAACGGGGCAGGCUGCUGCCAUUUAUGGAGUAUCAAUAUUUAGUGAUUAUAUUCUAAAUGGGACGUUUUUUACAUGUUUGAAUGUAUGCUUGUGUUGAUGUGUGUGUUCAAUUUGUUUACAUUUGUUGUACCGUUUAUUUUAAACCUGUGUAAUUUUUGGUAUUUGCAAAUUACUAUUUUAUGUGAGGACAAUCAAUUGUACAUAGUGUUGUUAGAGGAACUACUGUUAAACAAAUAAGAUGGUCAUUUUUCUACUUGACAAGGGAUGCAGAACUUUAAAACAAGGACAGUUGUUUUGAAAGGUCUUUGUAUUUCACCUCCUCCCAAUGAGUCACAAUGUUCUUUAGGACCAAUGCCUGAAAAUGACAUGUUUUGGUGCCUUUUCUUGAAUCAGAGGACUUCAAUUCUGCCCCUGGGACCAGUACUAAAAGCUUUGUCUUUA